UGACUGAAGAGUCAGGUAUUGCAUGUUUUAAAAUUCUGGUGGCACACCAGUUGAAAAUUGCUGGUAUAAAGUGAAAAAGUCCAAGGAACUGGGGGUGUUUGUUGUAGAGAAGGGAAUCCACCAGGGACAGGAAUACCCCUUUCAUGUGUUAUCUGAAGGGCCGUCAUGGGGGAGAGGGUAGACAAGUGAAGCUUGUGUUUAAGCUAAUCAUUCAGAAGGUCCAGGGCUCCUAGCCAUUCUCUAUUUGUAGGUAGUAGAGGGAGCUGAAGUUUGAAAAUUGUAACCUGCACUCUUUCACCUUCCCUCAUCUCUUUAACCUGGUGAGUUAACAUCAACCUGGCCUAACCUACCCAUCUGUUAGUUUUGUAGAACUAGCUAUAUCUUUCUUUCUGAGACUCCUUGCUUUCACAUGCAGAAGGGCUGCGCAAAUGCCUGGGCCCUGCCAAGAGCUGGUCAGUAGUUUUAUUGUUUGCUGUGGACAGAACUGUACAUAUAACAGUGAGAUCUGUCCGCCUGGUGUCUAGUGCUGUAUCAGCUUGAGGAGGAUAAUUCUGGUAACGCUCCCUGGGUGGGUGAAGCCAUGGUUUCUAAAACUGGACAUGUAGGUGUGGGGCAGCUGCCUGAAAGAUCCAGCAUGCUUCAAGUUCAGUCUAGAGCACAGGCCUACAGGAUUUAUAAGACACACAAAGACACUCUCACAGAGUUCUUGAAAGAUUCCAGAGGGCAGCACGAGUAUGCGUGUGGGGUAAGCAAGCACUUUUUGUAAUGGAGAUACUGGUAUAUUGGCUCAUGUGUCUUAAGUAGUCUUUCCCUAGGUAUCAACUUGAUUAAACUGUCUUCUCUUUUGAGCCUAGAGAGGCAGGUUGGGCCAAUAGAUCCCUUUAAGUCCGUCUCAUAAAACCCAGGUCGAUGAGGGACUUUCCUAGCUGACUGGCUCUUCUCUGGCCCUCGGGGUCAAGUGCUAUUUCUGGCCUCCCUGCUGAACAUCACAGGAAUCAGUGGGUUUUGGUGUUUCCCUGUUUCAGGCUCUGAGUCAGGGUCUGUUCUCUUCCCCUUGAGGCACAGAAUAGAAAGCGAACUUUCCCUUUGAGCCCUAGCCUGAGCUACUUCACCAGGUUUUCACUUGCUGAAAUCCAGAGUGAGGACUGAGAAGAAGGUUGCUUUCAUUGUACUGAGCGCAUCAUGAGGAGGGAUGGCUGUCUUUUAAAAGCAUGCUUUAAGGCCUUUCUAGUUGCUGUUGGAAAAGCAGGCCAACGUAAUGGUCUGCGACUCACUAACUCCCAGGCCUGGCAGCACCUCUCAUCAGUGUAUUCCUCCCUCCUGGGAUCCCGAGGGCUUUCUGGGCCCCUUGGGAAGCACUGAGCUAUUUGUUUUGCCUUUCCAGAAAGCCAUUGAUCUGGUUACCAAAGCCACAGAAGAAGAUAAAGCCAAGAACUAUGAGGAGGCGCUCCGGCUCUACCAGCAUGCUGUGGAGUACUUCCUACACGCUAUCAAAUAUGAGGCACACAACGACAAGGCCAAGGAGAGCAUUCGAGCCAAGUGCAUGCAGUACCUAGACCGGGCGGAGAAGCUGAAGGAUUAUUUACGGAACAAAGAGAAGCAAGGCAAGAAGCCAGUCAAAGAGCAUCAGAGUGAGAGCAAGGGCAGUGAUAGUGACAGUGAAGGGGAUAAUCCAGAGAAAAAGAAAUUGCAGGAACAACUGAUGGGUGCCGUUGUGAUAGAGAAGCCCAACAUUCGGUGGAGUGACGUGGCCGGGCUGGAGGUGGCCAAGGAGGCCCUCAAAGAAGCUGUCAUUUUGCCAAUUAAAUUCCCACACUUGUUCACAGGGAAGCGUACCCCUUGGCGAGGGAUACUGCUCUUUGGACCCCCUGGCACAGGGAAGUCCUACCUGGCUAAAGCAGUGGCAACAGAAGCCAACAACUCCACCUUCUUCUCUGUGUCCUCCUCAGACUUGAUGUCUAAGUGGUUGGGGGAGAGUGAGAAGCUAGUCAAGAACCUGUUUGAGCUGGCCAGGCAGCACAAGCCUUCCAUAAUCUUUAUCGAUGAGGUGGAUUCCCUCUGCGGAUCCCGCAAUGAAAAUGAGAGUGAAGCUGCCCGAAGGAUCAAAACAGAGUUCUUGGUCCAGAUGCAGGGAGUGGGUAAUAACAACGAUGGGACUCUGGUUCUUGGUGCCACAAACAUCCCAUGGGUGUUGGAUUCAGCCAUUAGAAGGAGGUUUGAAAAGCGGAUUUACAUCCCGUUGCCAGAGGAGGCUGCCCGUUCCCAGAUGUUCCGGUUGCAUCUGGGUAGCACUCCCCACAGCCUCACGGACGCCAAUAUCCACGAGCUGGCCCGGAAGACAGAGGGUUACUCAGGUGCCGACAUCAGCAUCAUUGUGCGCGACUCCCUCAUGCAGCCUGUUAGAAAAGUACAGUCAGCAACACACUUCAAAAAGGUCUGUGGCCCUUCCCGCACCAACCCUAGCGUUAUGAUCGAUGACCUCCUGACCCCAUGCUCACCAGGGGACCCAGGGGCUAUGGAGAUGACUUGGAUGGAUGUCCCUAGUGACAAACUCUUAGAGCCUGUGGUUUGCAUGUCGGACAUGCUCCGGUCUUUGGCCACCACCCGGCCCACCGUGAAUGCAGAAGACCUCCUGAAAGUGAAGAAAUUCUCAGAGGACUUUGGACAGGAGAGUUAAAAGCUUCUUAAUUCUGGUGACGGUGAAGGUGGAAAGUUGAUUGUGGUAAAUUCAUGCACUCCUCAUGUCAGUGGCCAGACGGGUCUCCAGGGCUCCUCCUAAAGUCACUCCAGUGUCCCCUGUGCUGUCUGGCCACCAGCCAAGGAGCAGGAAGGAAGGGGCUCCCUGGCCGCAGAGACGCAGAAGCACGCUCCGCAGCUGGUGGAAUACUGGCUCUUCCUACUUCUACUCCUCUUUUGGAUGCUCGCCAACUCCUUGUCCCACCACACUCCAUGUUUGUUUUUUUAAAACCUUUUUUGUUCCCCUAAAUUAAUGCUGCUUGGAUUUUCCUCUUGUUUAUAAAUAAAGUUAAAAUCACCUGGAAGCAUCAAGGAGUGGGAGCAGCCCGUGCUGUGGGGUUGGUGCAGCAGACCUGCAGAAGUCCCCAUGGCCUGUUCCUUUUAGACCCAAGUUUUGCUCCUUGUGAACUGAAUGGCUGAUGCCCUGGAUCCCCAGCCCAAGCUCUGCCUGUCAAGGCCAAGAGUAAAGCCAAGCCAUUCGCACUCCUAGGCCAGCAUCCUGAGCCCUGUGGCCUCCCUGCAGGAGGAGAAGAUAGUCUGUGAGCACCAAGCUGUGUAAAUCAGAACGAGCGAAGGCAGUCAGGCGGGUCCCACUGCUGCCUUUUCUUCCCUCUGAAUGUGAGAACGCCGAACCCAGCCACCAGCCCACGUCCCUGACCUGGAGGUGGGCCAAUAAACCCUUGUCCCUUCUUGA